CAUUAUUCCACUUCUCAGACACACUAAAAUAUCUAAAAAAACCCUAUCCAAUUUCAGGAAAACAAACCCAGAAAUGAAAACGAAACAGAUCAAAGUGAUGUUCUUCUUUUUAUCAGUGAUCAUGGCGUUGCUCUGUCAUCAUCAAUCCGAAGCUCAAGCGCGGAAACCAAGUCCCGAUGAUUGCUUCUCGUCAAUAAAGAAGGUUCAAGGUUGUGUGGAUGCUGUGAAAGCUGCCACUAAAGGAGAUUUUAAAGGUUUGGGUAAGGAUUGUUGCCACGCCAUCAAUGGCCUCGUCGACGAUUGUUUUCCCAUCAUUUUCCCCGGAAAACCAUACAUUGUAGCACCCGUUAAGGAUGCAUGUGUUGUUAAUUAAUUAUUAGACCAAAUACUUGUUUCCUUGUAACGCAAGAUACUCUGCGUUGGGUAUACCUUAUUUCCUAAGAAACUAUUAUAUAAAUCAAUUAAAUUGCUGUUUGAUUU